AUGCCGAACGAUAAUGUACCAAAUAGUAAUGACAAGUCAAAUAUUGUUCAAUCUGAAGCGAAUUUAGUAACUAGUGUAAUACGUCAUCAUCGUCUGAGAGUAUCGCGUACUCACGUACCGCCUGAUGAUAGCGACAAAAAGAUUAAAAAAGGAAAGUAUGGAAAACCACCCAUUUCUGGAUCGAAAUACGUACUCGAUGUCAAGGAAGACGGUAAUGUUCCCCUUUCACUCCCUAGAGCUGCGGGGACAAAAAGAAAAAGAGUAUUGACUGAGACCAGUGACAGAAAACUUAAAAAAAAAAAGUAUGAAAAACUAUCCAAUGUGGGUUCAACAAAUCAACGUGAUGUCGCGGAAGACGUUCUGAAAAAUAUGAUCCGACCUGUUGCAUCAGACUUACCAUCUAAAGUUGUGGACGGGGACAUCAAAAUAUGUAAGCGGACUAGAACAACGGAAAAGAAUAGUACAAUUCAAACUCCAGUACGAUGUCCGGGUGUAAUAAAGUUUGGAAAAUUUGAAGUGGAGACAUGUUAUUCAUGCCCAUUCCCGCAAGAGGAGGAUUCUCCGAGAUUAAUAUUUUGUGAAUUUUGUUUAAAAUACACUAAAUGUCAAUCGAUUUUGGAAAGACAUAUGCGACACUGUAAUUGGAGAACACCACCAGGCACAGAGAUCUACCAAAGUGGAGAUUUAAGCGUUUUUGAAGUUGAUGGAAAAGUAGACAAAACUUAUUGCCAAACACUAUGUCGAUUGGGGAAAUUAUUUUUGGACCUAAAAACUCUGGACUAUGGCGUUGAACCGUUCUUAUUUUAUAUUGUGACGAAAAACGACGGUUUUGGCUGUCAUUUGGUUGGUUAUUUUUCAAAACUAAAACAAAAUGAAGAAAAUUUUAAUGUAGCUUGUAUCGUUAUCAUGCCACAGUAUCGAAGACAAGGGUAUGGACGAAUUCUCAUCGAAUUCAGUUACCUUCUAUCUAGAAUCGAAAGACAACCGGGAACCCCGGAAACACCCCUUUCCGGCUUGGGAAAAAUGACGUACGAUGCAUAUUGGAAAGGUGUUAUUCUAGAAUAUUUAGAUAAACACAGAGGCAUUGACAACAUAUGCAUCAAUGAUGUUAGCAGUGAAACUGGUUUAAUGAGACAAGAUAUUAUAGACACGUUCAAAUCUCUACACAUGGUUGUGGAAAUCUUUAAAGAAAUGACCAUAUGCAUUGACUGGAAUGUUGUAGAUUCCCACAUAAAGAAGAAAAUUGAAUUAAAACAAAUUCAUAUCGACCCAGAUCGAUUGAGGUGGACACCGUCAAAUUUACCGGAUGGCCAAGAUAACCAACAUCUUGAAGAAUCAGUUUUCAUCAAGUGCCUUCCAGGUGGCUAA